GGAAGGAGGAGGACGAGGAGGGGGAAGAUGGCGGCGCCUCGCCUGGCCUGAGGCCUGGCCUGUGUCUGUGAGGCGGGAAGGAAGGCGGCGGAGGGAAGAGGACGGAGAGAGAGGCCGAGAGAGAGAGAGGGAAAUGAAGACCCUAUGAAGUCACCACAGGCAUAAAAAGAAAAUAUCAAUAUCUAGUGGAGAUUGAGGAAUUUGGAAACCAAAGGGCAAUAAUGAAAGAAAUCCUGUGGGAAGAAGAAAUCCUCUCUAGUUGCCAAUCUUGUGGAACUCAAUUUCGAUCAGAAAGAAAAAGGGAACACUCACGUGUGCAUAUCACAAAACUGUCGACAUGGAGGAGAAACCCUAUACAUGCCUUGAGUGUGGAAAGAGCUUCAGUUGGAGGAGCCAUCUGCUACGGCAUGAAAGGACUCACACUGGGGAGAAACCUUUUAAAUGCCCGGAGUGUGGACAGAGCUUUGCUCAUAAUGGAAGUCUACAUUCACAUCAAAGAACUCACACUGGGGAGAAACCCUAUAACUGCCUGGAGUGUGGACAGAGCUUUACUCAAAAGGGACACUUAGAUUCACAUCAAAGGACUCACACUGGGGAGAAACCCUAUAACUGCCUGGAGUGUGGACAGAGCUUUGCUCGUAGUUCAAAUCUACGUUCACAUCAAAGAACUCACACUGGGGAGAAACCCUAUAACUGCCUGGAGUGUGGACAGAGCUUUGCUGAUAGUUCAGCACUACGUAGACAUCAAAGGACUCACACUGGGGAGAAAACUUAUAUAUGCCUGGAGUGUGGACAGAGCUUUGUUCAUAGUUCAAGCCUACGUAAACAUCAAAGGACUCACACUGGGGAGAAACCCUUUAAAUGCCUGGAGUGUGGACAGAGCUUCGCUGAUAGUUCAACUCUACGUAAACAUCAAAGGACUCACACUGGGGAGAAACCCUAUACAUGCCGGGAGUGUGGAAAGAGCUUUACUCGUAGUUCAGGUCUACGUUUACAUCAAAGAACUCACACUGGGGGGGAACCAUAGAAAUGCAUGGAGUAUGGACAGAGCUUUUCACAGAAUAACAUUAUGCAUAGACCUCAUAGAAUUCAUUCUAACAAGUAGAAAUGCAACUCUUGCAAAUUUUGGAAAUGCAAGCUCAAAGUUGGGACAUUUCAUCACAUGUGGUGAAUUGUAGAAAGAUUGAACUAAAAAUACAGUGUUCCCUCACUAAUCCCCGGGUUUGGGUUCCAGAACCACCCGCAAUAAGUGAAAAUCCGCAAAGUAGGGAUGCUAUAUAUUUCUACAUUAUUUUAGUAGUUAUACACUAUUUUAAGUCUUUAUCAAGAAAUCAUGUGUUGAUAAAUCGCCUCCUUCUCCUCUUGUUGCCGCUUGGGCUCCUUUUCUCUCCCUUUGGCUUCUCCUUCCUCCCUUCCUUAGGCUGUACAUUGUAAUUUUUUAUUAUUUAUAGUCGUCUUUUAGAGUUUAUUGAAAAACCGCAAAACAGCGAAUCCGAAAAGAGCGAAGUAGUGAGGGAACUCUGUAUGUUCCAUUCUGGAAGUAAUUAUAUUAUCUAAAGGGAGUAGAAUAAUGAGAGAUAAAAAUUAACAGAUUGCCUUUGGGCAGGUAUCCCUGUCUGUUUGUUAGUUCAGUUGUGUGUCUAUGAAGGUAACUGUUUCGCAGGUCUGUUUGUUUCUGAUUUAGUUUUGUAUCUCAUGUAGUAGUUAGUUUCAUGUGUAGUUGAAGCAUUAUAUACAAUUUCUGCCUUUUUUGUAAUGUUGCUUUAAUCUCUCUUUUUUAUUUAUUUUUAUUUUGCCACAAAGAGGAGGGGGAUUUAUAAGGGACAAAACUGCUGAAACUGUCAACUUGUUUUGUUCUGAACCCAAAGGUUUCCUGUUCUUUGGAUGCCGAGUGUUCAGGGAAGAGUGAGGUCUGUGAGAUCAGUGAGUAGAAAACAUGACACAAUUUAGAUAAUGGUUUGUGACACAACAACAACCCUUGUAGUAGUCAAUGGGAUAUUCUGUAUGCCUUCUUUAAUGUCAAGUAAGAUAUUGUGCUCAGAUACAAAGAUUUAUAAAGGAAACACCACAAUGGAUAUAAAACAGUGGGAAGCGCGGGAAGCAGAUUAUGUGUGCUCAUCACACCUCACACAGAUAGGACCACGUGUGCUAUAAACAUGGAAGAUGUGAUACAUUCACACAAGAUACAGGAAUGGGAUGUCUUGGUGUUACUACUGUUCAGCUAAUGUUAUGGUCUGAUGGAAAUAUAAUAGAACCCGAUAAACAAACAUUCGGUUGAAAUGUAAAUGUAACAUAACCUUUGUUCAAGAUGAUGAAACUGGGAAUUUGGUGUACGUGGUGGAGAAUGGAGACAGUGAAAUAGACUUCAAGUUUAAAAAGUUAUCCAUAAAUAUAAGAUAAGGAAUUAAUUGGGAAAAAUUAAAUAUACUAGUAAAAACGAAUCAGCAGGUGAAGAAACAUUUGGAGAGUUAUGAGGAAAGAAGUAAGAAAGGUUUUCUUAGGAUCCAAGAGGUUGAUGGAGAACGUCAGAGCGUGGCCGCAGAAGGAAGCAGCCCGACAGAACGUCACUGGUGUGAUGAAAUCAACGGAUAUUCACCCAAAGCGGCAGCAGCAUGUUUACAUCUAUUGAUGCACCCAAUAGUAAGGUGAGGGCUACAAGGAGUGACUGAUCGAUUUUCUGUAUUUGAAAACGAAUUGCAAUACUUAGAAACGCAAUUGUGAACUGUGAUGUAUGUUGACUCUAUUGAGAGGGUUGAUGGGCCAAAGUGUCUGCAUUUCUAUUCUAUUUCUAUUCUAUUUCUGAUUGCUUUUAAUUAUGCAUUAUUAAGGUGUCUGCUUCAACUUAUUCUAUUAAAGAUGCAACCUGCCUUCUUCCAGAGGAGAGGCAAGUGUCCGUAUGUCGCCACUAUGUUUCCAGAACAUCUUGUGGUUAAUGUGGUUAAGCUACUUACUGGAACAUAAGUGAACAACAUGUUUUUCUACAAAUGUUGUUUAUGAUAAAGGAAGCAUGCUUGCAACACUCUGUACUGCUCCAAAGAAAUGAGGAACUUCUUAGUUGUAAACAAGGGCAUUAUAUAUUGAGCUUCAUUUCCAAUGUUCUUCACGGCGGUCACCUUUGAUUUGUCCAUCCAUCUAUACUGCAGUAUAAUAAAGGUACUUGUUUUAAACUCUGUUGGGCUCAGAUUGGAUCCAUAGCGCUUUGACAAAGUUCCCGGUAUUUAAAUCUGUGUGAGCGGUUCGCUUUUCCGCUACAUAUAACUAUAUUAAACUGAUUAUAUACAUAGAAUUGACACUGAAUCAGACAUGUGAUACAAUAAAGUAGUAUUGAUGUAUCCAGGGCGUGUGUGUAAGAAACGGGAGUGUGUUUGUGUGGGUGCUUGUGAAGAAAGAAGAAACGGGCCUCAAAAGAAAACGGAGUUCACGCAAAGCGUGACAUGGGACGGACUUGGCCGGUGAAGAGUGAGGCUUGUCAGCUCCAACGGGAUGGGAGGAAGGGGCUGCCGCAGAAAGGCCGGGGGAGAUGGCCUGAGGAGACGGAGUGGCCGCUGGAAGGCCAGAGCUAGCCUCUUGCCCCCCGGGGCUGGUGUGACCCACUUGGAUCGGGGGGGGGGGGGGGAGCUGCAUUCAAGGGAGUGUGAGAUCCUGCCCCCUCUCCUCCUUCGGAGCCUGCUUCUUCCCCCAAAAUGCCUGCGAGUUGGUCCUCUCUCCUUCCUCCAGGCUGGUGCAGGCAGAAGCUAGAGAGAGUAAGGGAUUUAGAGCAAAUUGUAAGGCUUGUCAGCUCCAACUGAGUUGGUGUGGGUUAGUCUUCUUUGAAAGAGAGCCCAGGCACACAAGGGCUGAAGAUACCAUACGGCUUUAAUGUUCAGAAUACAAGAGUCUGCUCCACUGCCCGUGUAUAUAGGCCUAGCUACAGUAUCAUCGGGAGCCUCCGGUGGCUCAGUGUGUUAAAGCGCUGAGCUGCUGAACUUGCAGACCGAAAGGUCCCAGGUUCAAAUCCGGGGAGCAAAGUGAGUGCCUGCUGUUAGCUCCAGCUUCUGCCAACCUAGCAGUUCGAAAACAUGCAAAUGUGAGUACUACCUCAAUAGGUACCGCUCUGGCGGAAAGGUAAUGGCGUUCCAUUAAGUCACGCCGACCACAUGACCUUGGAGGUGUCUACGGACAACGCCGGCUCUUUGGCUUAGAAAUGGAGAUGAGCACCAACCCCCAGAGUCGGACACGACUGGACUUAACGUCAGGGGAAACCUUGACCUUUACCGUACCAUCAAUCACUCUAGAGUCCCUUUCCCCCCACCUCAGGGCAAUUGGGUUUUAUGGCUGGUUCAUGUGUCCUAUCCUCCCUUUUGGCCCAUGGCCUUGUGCUCUGUGUCAGCGCUUUGUGUCCGGAGAUGACAUGAGAUGGGGAUCAUGGCAUCAGAUUCUGAUGAGUUGAGUUGAGUUGGGUUCAGUUGAGUCAAGUUGGGUUCACUUGACUUGAGUUGGGUUCCGUUGAGUUGUCCAAGAUUUAAGUUGUAUUCAUUUGGGUUCUGAUGAGUUGAGUUGGGUUCAGUUGAGUUGUCUUGGGUUCCAUUGAGUUGAGUUGGAUUCUGAUGAGUUGGGUUCUGAUGAGUUGUCCAAGGCUUGAAUUGUAUCCAGUUGGGUGUGAGGCUUGUCAGCUCCAACUGUGUGGUGUGGGUUAGUCUUCUUUUAAAGAGUACGCCAAGUGACACAAGGGCUGGAGAUACCUACGGCAUUAUUGUUGAGAAUAUAAGAGUCUGCUCUACUGCCUGUAUAUAUAGGCUUAGCUACAGUAUCAAAUCACCCUGGAGUCCUGGCGCCUGGAGGUUGCCCAUUCCCACCUUCCAGAGUCCCUUUUCCCCACCUCGGGGCAAUUGAGUUUUAUGGCUGGUUCGUAUGUCCUGUCCUCCCUUUUGGCCCAUGGUCAUGUGCUCUGUGUCAGCGCUUUGUGUCCGGAGAUGGCAUGAGAUGGGGAUCACAACAUGAAGCGAGGAACCAACAAGACGUCUCUCACCUGGCAAGACGGAACGAGGGUCCAGUAAGGUGUAUCCGAAUAACAAUGGUCAAUAACGUGUGCAGGUGGGACCCCAUAAGUCAUACAGCCUGAGAUGGAGAAUGUUUUGAAACCAUGCCAUAAGAAUGGAAGGAACAGCACGUUCCCUGAAAGAAGGACUAAACUUUAGGGCAUCCAAUGCAGGGGCCUCAAAGAUUCAGCACCCUUUCCGGACCUGUGACUACGGAGCGUCCACACCUGUCGGGAGAACCUGAUCACCUCUUCCGGGCAGGGUCUGUGAGUGUGAGUAUGGAUGUAUGCAUGUGCGUGUGGGCGAGAGCUCUCUCUAGAUGUGAUUUUGAUAGGAUUCUGAUGUGAUUAUCAAUAAAUGUUACAUGAAAAGUGUUAAAACCAAAUUUGGCCUCUAAAAGCACCUCACUGAUCCCUCUGCUGCUGCUCAGUCGUUUAGUCGUCUCCGACUCUUCGUGACCUCAUGGACCAGUCCAGGCCAGAGCUCCCUGUCGGCCGUCACCGCCCCCAGUCCCUUCAAGGUCAAGCCAGUCCCUUCAAGGACACUGUCCAUCCAUCUCGCCCUUGGUUGGCCUCUCUUCCUUUUUCCUUCCCUUUUCCCCAGCAUCAUUCUCUUCUCCAUACUUUCCUGUCUCCUCAUGAUGUGGCCAAAGGGCUUCAUCUUUGGCUCUCAUCUCCUUUCCUCCCGUGAGUAGCCACUGGGCUUUCUUUCCUGGAGGACGGUCUGGUCGGAUCUUCUUGCCAAGGUCCAAGGCACGCUCAGGAUUUUCCUCACAAUUCCCUAAACGCUCUGCAUCCAACAAAAGAACAGGAACCCUUUGGGUUCGUAACACUUGUAUUAUUAUUAUUAUUCUAUUACAGUAGAGUCUCACUUUUCCAACAUAAACGGGCCAACAGAAUGUUGGAUAAGUGAAUAUGUUGGAUAAUAAGGCCCUCCUUAUUAUCCCUAUUAAGGAAACGCCUAUUAAACAUCAAAUUAGGUUAUGAUUUUAAAAAUUAAGCACCAAAACAUCAUGUUAUCACAAAUUUGACAGAAAAAGUAGUUCAAUAUGCAGUAAUGCUAUGUAGUAAUUACUGUAUUUACGAACUUAGCACCAAAAUAUCACGAUGUAUUGAAAACAUUUACUACAAAAAUGCUUUGGAUAAUCCAGAACGUUGGAUAAGUGAGACUGUACUGUAAUAUGUUUAUAUUAUUGUUAUAUUACUAUAUUCUAUUACUGUAUUUUAUUAUUAUAUUAUUUAUUAUAGGAUUAUUCUAUAUUAUAUUCUUUAUUUUUCUAUUCUAUUUUAAUAUUAUUAUAUUGUUCUGUUGUUUCUUCAUUGGGUCCCUUCCGACUCUUGGUGACCUCCUGGACCAGCCCAGGCCAGAGCUCCCUGUCGGCCCAGGCCACCCGCACCUCCUUCAAGGUGGAGUUAAUUUCCUCAAGGAUACCAUCCACCCACCUUGCUCUUGGUCGGCCCCUCUUCCCUUUUCCUUCCUUUUCCCCAUCAUCAUUCUCUUCUCCAUACUCUUCUGUCUUCUCAUGACGUGGCCAAAGGGCUUCACCUUUGCCUCUCAUCUCCUUCCCUCCCGUGAGCAGUCAGUCGGGCCUUCUUUCCUGGCGGAUGGACUGGGUGGAUCUUCUCGCGGUCCAAGGCACUCUCAGGACUUUCCUCCAACACCACAGUUCUUCCUUCGCUCAGCCUUCCUUAUGGCCCAGCUCUCUCUCGCAUCCAUAGGUUACUACUGGGAAUACCACUGCCUUAGCUACGUGGACUUUCGUUGCCAGUGUGAUGCCUCUACGUAAAGGGAAAGGUUUUCCCCUGAUGUUAAGUCCGGUCGUGUCUGACUCUGGGGGUUGGUGCUCAUCUCCAUUUCUAAGCCGAAGAGCCAACGUUCGUAGACGCCUCCAAGGUCCUGUGGUCACUGGCAUGACUGCAUGGAGCACCAAUGUUACAUUCCUGCCGGAACGAUACCUAUUGAUCUACUCACAUUUGCAUGUUUCCGAACUGCUAGGUUGGCAGAAGCUGGGGCUGGAAUGGUCACUACCCUCACCCAAACCCCUCCGGUCAUCAAAUCUCGGCCUAUCAGGUCUGUGUGCCAAGUUGGGCCCAGAUCCCUCCGUGUUUGGGUUCACGGUGCUCUCUGGAUGGAGGUGAACUACAACUCCCCCAAAUCAAGGUGAAUUCCCCCCAAAGGCCUCCAGUAUUUUUGCUGGUCACGGGGGUUCUGUGGGCCAAGUGAGUUCCAGGUCCAUCGUUGGUGGAGUUCAGAGUGCUCAUUGGUUGCAGGUGAACUGUACAUCCCAGUCCCUACAACUCAUAGAAACCAUGGUGAAUUCUCCCCAGACCCCCCCCUCUCUCUAGUAUGUUCUGCUGCUGACCAGUUCCUCUGUUUGCUGUGCGCCAUAGAAAAGGAUAGGACGUAGAAGGGAAUUGGCAUGGCCCCGCCCACUGCCUCUCCCUUAACCCUUUCCUAUUCUUUCCUGUGGCACACAGCAACUGGAGAUUGAGGUUUGGGGAGUCCUGACCCUGACUGAGAGGAGUCGUAGGGAGUGGAACGUAUAGUUCUGCUGCAAUCCAAGAGCCCUGUGAACGCCAACAACGAAGGGCCUGGGACUCACUUGGCACACAGACCCAACACGGCCACCUUGGCAUCCCGGGCCGGGCUGUGGUGCAGCCGGUUAGUAGCCAUCUGCAAUAAAUCACGACUGACUGAGAGGUUGUGGGAUCGAAGGCCGGGUCAGAUUGAGUUCCCGACCAUUAAGAGCCUGGCUCGCUGCUCACGUAAGCAGCUUGAAAGACAGUUGCAUCUGUGGAGUAGGGCCCGGGCUGUGGCGCAGGCUGGUGAGCAGCCAGCUGCAACAAAUCACUCUGACCAAGAGGUCAUGAGUUCGAGGCCAGCUCGGAGCCUGCGUUUGUCUUUGUUCUAUGUCAAGGCAUUGAAUGUUUUCCUUCUAUGUGUCAUGUGAUCUGCCCUGAGUCCCCUUCGGGGUGAGAAGGGCGGAAUAUAAAUACUGUAAAUAAAUACAUAAAUAAAUAAAUAAAUUCUAGGUACCGCUUUAACAUGGCUGUUCUGUUGUGCUUUUGAGUAGACAAGUCUGUUAUAACCUGGUCCAUGUCUACACUGAAACUUGCCCUGCUCACUUUUGAGUUUGAUUCCCGUUCAGAUUCAUCUUCCUUACCGGUUGUAUCUAUUUGAUGUAUGUCCUAUUUGUAAACGGACACUCCCUAAAUCAGUUUUAAUUAUCGCCCAGAUGUGAUCCUAUAUUGGACCUUUAAUGCCCGGAUGAUUGUUUAACAUUUUAACUUUGUCGAUUUUAACUAUGACCUGUUUAAAUUGUUUUUAAAUUGUGUUGUCUGAUGUCUAAAUUGUUAUUUUAUGAUUUUAUGUGAUUAUAUUGGGCUUGUUCCCCGGGUGAGCCGCCCCGAGUCCCCUGCUGGGGAGAUGGAGGCAGCAUACAAAAAUAAAUUUAUUAUUAUUAUUAUUAUUGACACAACAACAUUGUAUGACACAGCAAACAAGGUAGAUAUGCUGGAUUUCGUGUCACAAAAUCACAAGUCAAACACUCCCAAGUGUCUAGGACUGUGUGAUGUAUUUUCGGAUGAUGCGUGCAGAUCCCAGUCGGGUGGCCUUUUGCAGUUGGCAGAUCGUGAUUUUGUCAAUGUCUAUUGUUUCCAAAUGCCGGCUGAGAUCUUUUGGCAUGACACCCAAUGUGCCCAUCACCACCGGGACCACCCGCACUGGUUUCUGCCAGAGUCUUUGAACUUCAGUCUUGAGGUCCUGAAAGCGGCUGAGUUUUUCCUGUUGUUUUUCGUCAAUGCGACUGUCACCUGGGAUGGCGACAUCAAUGAUCCAAACCUUUUUCUUUUCCACAACUGUGAUGUCUGGUGUGUUGUGUUGUGUUCCAAUGAAUCAAUUAUUCCAAUGGCUUUUCCGUCCUGCCCCUCCUCUGGUCCUGUCCAUCAAGGAAGCUCUCCCUCCCCCCUCCCUUCCUGGAUGGCUGUUCCGUGCCUGCAGGGGGCGCCAUGGAGACCCUUCUGAUGUGCUGCAGCAUCUCCCCCUGAAGGCCGUUCCCUUCGGAAGCUCACUUUCCCGUUCACAGCAGGAAGGCAGGCAGUCGGUGCCUCUCUCCCCUGAUUCUUGCUCCUUGAUUUUUCAGCCUGUCGCUGUGUCGCCCGGUUGGGUCCAUAUCCCGGUGAGUCUUUUUCGCUCCUCGUGUGGGGAGGAGGGGAGGAGCAGAGGGACCUAGGCGGGGGGAGGGUGUCCCUCUUGGUUCUCUUGGACCCCUCAGCUGCCUUAUUUAUUUCGUGUCAAAAGCAUUGCAUAAUAAAUAAAUUUAAAAGUGAUAAAAUAAAGGAAAUCACAAGCAGCUAAAUACUUUUAGACCAAAAGCGAGCAACAGCGACCGCAUUGUCCGUGGCUUUGAACAACUCCUCCUCUGUACAUGAGGCAGGGCAUUGUGGGCAAGCAUUGUGGGCAAGCGGGGUUGUUUGUUCUGCUCCACAGUCACACAAGGGGGAGGAUUCCUCCAGGGAGUGCCACCUUGCCAGGUUCCCUUUAGAUCUGCCCAUUCCGCUUCUGAGUCUGUUCAGGGACUUCCAAGUGGCCCAUUCUUGGUUUGGCCCUGGAGGAAGGAAGACCCUCGUGGGGGGCCAUCCAGUUGGCAUUGCCUGGUUUAGCUGCCCAGAGGGACACCCUUGCUGUUGCUGGAGGAACAUCGAGAGGAGGGAGUGGUGGUUCUCAUGAAGCCCUUCCUUGAUUUGAGUCUGGUGGGAGGAGGCUGAGAGUCAUGCAGUGGGUGGCUUUCACAAUGUUCGACCUUAUUCCUCUCACCGUUAGCAGCAACUUCCCAUCACACGUCAGGAGGGGCAAUGCCAGCUAACUUGUAGAGUUUAUCAACAGGUGUAGGUUUAAGGCCUCCUGUGAUGAUUCUGCAUGUUUCGUUCAGUGCUACGUCCACCUGCUUCGCAUGGGCAGAGUUGUGCCAGACAGGACAGGCUCACUCAGCAGUUGAGAAAGACAAGGCCAGGGCUGAUGUCCUUAUUACUUGUGGGUCUGCACCCCAUGCGCUGCCAGUCAGUUUCCACAGGAUGUUGUUGCGUGCAGCUACUUUGUGCUUGGUGUUCAUGCCGUGUUUCCUAUAUGUUAGUGUUCGAUCUAAGGUGACACCAAGAUAUUUAGGAUGGAAACAGUGUUCGAGCUCUUGGCCUUCAAUACUGUAGACCACGGUCUCCUUCUGGGAUGCCUGGUGGGAAUGGGACUUGGGGGCACCGUCUAGCAGUGGGUCUGGUCCUUCCUGGAGGUAUUUUUGGGGGGCACCUUCUCGGUCCCACAGCCAUUGCGUUGUGGGGUUUUGUAGGGUUCACUCUCAAUGACAUGGCUUCUUUUGGGGGCUGAUGACCCCUUUGGCCUUGCUUUGUAGGGACAAAGGGGACUCUGAGAGGCGCCCGAUGGGGGUGCUGGGGGACACCUGCUCGGACCUUUGGCCUUUGGCUUGUGGGGUGCCGCAAGGCUCGAUUCCUUCCCCCAUGCUAUUGGACAUCGACAUGAACCCGCUGGGUGAGCUCAUCCGGAGCUUUGGAAUUUGGUGCCAUCUGUAGACAUGUUUUCAUGGGAGCAUUGGGACGUGAGAGUUCUCUGGAGCCACCCCUGCCGUGAUGGGAAACGAACCAGCUUCUAGUCGAUAUUAAGGCAUUUGGAAACCAAAGUGCAGGAAGGAAACCAGUCCUCUAGGAAAAAGGAUUCCUCUCAAGGGGCUGAUCCUGCUGAAUUCCUACAUUCACUUUGGAUUCUAGAGUAGAACCAUAGAGUCGGAAGAGACUGCAUGAGGCACCCAGUCCAGGCCUCUGCCAUGCAGGAAAAGCGCAAAGUACCCUGGACAGAUGAGCAUCUGGCCUCUGUUUAAAGGAUUCCAAAGGAGCCUCCACUACACUUUGAGGCAGAGAGUUCCACUGCUGAACAGCUCUAACAGUCAGGAAAUUCUUAAUGUUCAGAUGGAAUCUACUUUCCUGUAAUUUGAACCCACUGCUGUGAGUAAUCAGAAAGGGAAAAACAAGAAUCAAGUGUCCUUAUUGGAAUUAAAUGUACAUAGCACUGUUGACAUGGAGGAGAAAGCAUAUAAAUGUAUCGAAUGUGGAAAGAGCUUUAGUCAGCAUGGAAAGCUGAAGAGACAUCAAAGGACUCACACUGGGGAGAAACCCUAUAACUGCCUGGAGUGUGGACAGAGCUUCACUCAGAAGGGAAGCUUACAUAGACAUCAAAGGACUCACACUGGGGAGAAACCCUAUAAAUGCCUGGAGUGUGGACAGAGCUUCACUCAGAAGGGACACUUACAUAGACAUCAAAGGACUCACACUGGGGAGAAACCCUAUAAAUGCCUGGAGUGUGGACAGAGCUUCACUCAUAGUUCAGGUCUACGUUCACAUCAAAGGACUCACACUGGGGAGAAACCUUAUAACUGCCUGGAGUGUGGACAGAGCUUUGCUCAUAGUUCAGGUCUACGUUCACAUCAAAGGACUCACACUGGGGAGAAACCUUAUAACUGCCUGGAGUGUGGACAAAGCUUCACUCAUAGUUCAGGCCUACGUAGACAUCAAAGGACUCACACUGGGGAGAAACCCUAUAACUGCCUGGAAUGUGGACAGAGCUUUGCUAAUAGUUCAGGACUACGUUCACAUCAAAGGACUCACACUGGGGAGAAACCCUAUAACUGCCUGGAGUGUGGACAGAGCUUUGCUGAUAGUACAGGACUACGUUCACAUCAAAGGACCCACACUGGGGAGAAGCCCUAUAAAUGCCUGGAGUGUGGACAGAGCUUCUCUCAUAAUUCACAUCUACAUAGACAUCAAAGGACCCACACUGGGGAGAAACCCUAUAACUGCCUGGAGUGUGGACAGAGCUUCACUCAGAGUUCAGUACUACGUUCACAUCAAAGGACCCACACUGGAGAGAAACCCUAUAACUGCCUGGAGUGUGGACAGAGCUAUACUCGUAGUUCAGGACUACGUUCACAUCAAAGGACCCACACUGGAGAGAAACCCUAUAACUGCCUGGAGUGUGGACAGAGCUUCACUCAGAGUUCAGGACUACGUUCACAUCAAAGGACCCACACUGGAGAGAAACCCUAUAACUGCCUGGAGUGUGGACAGAGCUAUACUCGUAGUUCAGGACUACGUUCACAUCAAAGGACCCACACUGGAGAGAAACCCUAUAACUGCCUGGAGUGUGGACAGAGCUAUACUCGUAGUUCAGGAUUACGUUCACAUCAAAGGACCCACACUGGAGAGAAACCCUAUAAAUGCCUGGAGUGUGGACAGAGCUUCACUCAGAGUUCAGGACUACGUUCACAUCAAAGGACCCACACUGGAGAGAAACCCUAUAAAUGCCUGGAGUGUGGACAGAGCUUUACUCGAAGUUCAGGACUACGUUCCCAUCAAAGGACUCACGCUGGGAAGAAACCAUAGAAAUGCAUGGAGUGUGGACAGAGCUUUUCAUGGAAUAGACAUCAAUUUGAGUUUAGCAUAUUCUAAUAAUUGUAUAUUUAUUUCCUUUCUUAGUUUAAUAAAAUUAUUAGUAUCUAAA